AUGACAUUCCUCAAGACCCUUCUUCUGGCGGCGACCCUGUCAGUCGCUUCAACCGCCGAAACCACCUGCCCAGCAGGCUGGCUCCUAAACACCUGGACCGUCACAAGAUGCUGCUCAGGCACCAUGGUCGUCGACGAGCAAGGCGCAUACUGCUGCGUCACUGACAUGAGAGCUUACAAAGAAGCACUCACCAACACAGCCUUGCUCUACGAGACGGCCACCACGACCAGCGACACCAACUGGUCCACGGUAGAAAAUUCUUGCGUGGCGGAGGUCCGCUUCACGGCUACCGACUACUCGGCCCAGGUCUCGUCGGCGGCGAGCAAGGCUGAGGCUACUACUACCAAUGAUUCAACGAGCGAGGUAACCUCAACGAGCACUACGGCUUCUGGUGCUAGCUCUGGUGCAGGAUCGCAGACUUCGACCUCGAUUCCGACUGCGACUUCGACUGCGACUUCAGGUUCGGCUUCUACUUCAACUCCGACUUCCACUUCGACUACGACUUCGACCUCGAACGCGGCUAUGCCACUUGUUACCGGUGAAGGGCUUGUGCUCGGUGGUGCGGCAUUCGCUGCUGCCCUUUUCAUGCUGUGA